AUUCCAGGCUAUGGGCACAGACACGAUGGUAAUUCUGUACCAUUCAACAAAUUUAGGACUUAUGAUGAACUAUGAAUUCAUAAUGACCUAUGAGUUAGGAAGCGGUGUUAGAAAUAUGCCUGUGGAAUUCCAUAGUGUGGAGUUCCAUAAAAGGUUUUAAAUAACGUGAGACUGAGAUGGAUGCCUGGCUCCAAAACAAGAUACCUGGGUCCAGAUUCUAAACUGACUGCAGUGGAAUUACUCUGGAUCUACAACAACAUAAUUGAGUGUAUUCUCGGCCCCUUGGAAGAAAUGGUGAUUGUUACUCUUUAUCUGCUGGACAUCUUGGUUCAAGCCUUUGCAGCCCCUUGCAAUCCAAAUAAAGCAGACAUCAUUUUGGUGUAUUGCUAUCCUAAAACCAUCAUUACAAAAAUUCCCGAAUGUCCCUAUGGAUGGGAGGUUAAUCAGUUGGCUCUUGGAGGCGUUUGCUACAAUGGGGUUCAUGAUUCGGGAUACUACCAAUUCACGAUUCCAGAUUUAUCGCCCAAAAACAAGUCCUACUGUGGAACUCAAUCAGAGUUUAAAAACCCUAUCUAUCACUUCUACAACUCCAUCGUCUCCAACGACAGCUCGGUAAUCGUGAAGAGCCAGCCUGUGAAUUAUUCAUUCACCUGCACUUACCAUGCAAACUACUUGGUCAACCAGGCUGCCUUCGACCAAAGUCAUACGAAAUUUUCUCAAUUUUCUAGAGUGGCGACAGUCCAUGUGAAGAAUGGGAGCUCCGGUUCAUUUGAAAGUCAAUUAUCCCUCAACUUCUACUCUAAUGCCAAGUUUUCAAGUAAAAAAGAGGCUCCCUUUGUCGUCGAAACCUCAGAAAUUGGUUCAGACGUAUUUGCUGGAGUGGAAGCCAAGGGGUUAAGUAACAGGUUUAAAGUGGUUCUGAACAACUGCUGGGCAACACCUUCCUCUGAGUAUUUCUACCAAAUCCAGUGGCCACUGAUCACAAAAGGGUGCGCGACAGACAACUCUAUCUUAGUGCAUGAAAAUGGGAAAAACAGCCGGGCCACCUUCCAGUUCAAUGCUUUCCGGUUCCAAAACAUCCCCAAACUGUCCAAAGUCUGGCUGCACUGUGAGACACACGUAUGUGACAGUGAAAAGUUUUCCUGCCCUGUGCCAUGUGAAAAACGAAAACGACGCACCGAACAAACUGGAGGAGUUCUAGCGGCGGAAUUUGCAGUGCACAGCGGAGGUUUAUCCAGUCACUACAACUUCUCAGCUAUUCUCAGUCAUCUAAUCUUCAUGCUUGGACUCUGCGCUGUUUUACUGUGAGACACAGCCCAGCUGCAGUUCUUAACACAUUCCCCUCCCCCCACACUUUGUAACUGUACUUUACUACUUAAAACAAUGUUUAUUUUACUCACGGGGAGGGGCAGGGAAACUAUAUUGUUUUACAGGAAAAAUAAAUAAAACAUGGCUUGAUUUUUGUUUCUAUAAUAAUGGGAAAUAAUGACGCUGAUCUUUCUUUCCCCAGUCUCGGCAGUUAUGUUAUAAAAGUGAACGGCGAGGGCUUACACGUGCUGUUCGCUUCUCCCCUUUGAACUGGGGUGGUGUGAAACAGGGCUUGUUUCUAUUCUGUAAGAAACACUGGGACAUGCUAACUCAGCACUUCCCAAAGCUGAGCCCCCUUCAGAAACAAACGAACGAACAAAAAGCCCACCAGCUGUAGCCCCCUUCCACUGGGUCUUGUUAAAGAUUUACCCAGCUCAGUUUAGGACUUGAUCCUGCAAGGUGCUGAGCGCUCAGCCAUGAUCCAGUGAAGCACUUUAAGCACAUGAGCUGUCCCACUGAAGUCAAUCGGAUUAUUCAUGUGCAUAAGUAUCAAGAUCAGGCCCAAAUGCUCAGCACCAUACAGAACUGAGCCCUCACACAUCUCAUGCAUCUCCCCUCCUCUACC